GAAAUUUUUAGGCGCCAACACCAGCUGCCCGCCAACAGCAGCCCAAUCAGGAACUUUUGCCCUAGUUUGAUUGAGCCAAUAGCUAACCGCUACAUCUGCUUCUGUAUCCCUUGCUUGCUUGCUUGCCUGCCCCUAUAAAAACCCAGUAGUCUGUAAGCCAGGCGCGACUUCCACUUUGGCGGCUCUGCGUAGCCGCGAGACUACGGUCUCGUUUGGGAAGUUCGCCCCUGCGCAGGUAAAACUUGGCCAAUAAAUUUACCAUCAAACCGCUCUCAGUGUUCGGGGAUUCCUUUCGCUCGCAACUUGAAUACAACAUUUGGAGGCCCCAGCGAGAUCUAAGGAGUGUCUCCGGAGACUGAGACUACGAAGCCCGGAAUCGCGCUCGGGGCUAUGGGGGUCCACCGCCAGACCCAGAAGUCCUGCGAACUUUCAGUGAGAUUGAAUGGCCGUCUUUUGACGUAGGAUGGCCGACGGAGGGGACUUUUGAUCUGCCCCUCCUUUUCGCGGUCAGGCGGAUAGUAUAUGGGACCCCCCAUCCAGAUCAGAUGGUAUAUAUAGAUGUGUGGGUAGACAUAGCUACUGACCGCCCCGGUUACAUACGCCGGUGUCAGUCCAAUGGGCAGAGGAGGAGAAGGGCCAUCUGCGUGGCAACGGCGCCGAGGCAGGCUCCCCGUCUGCAGGCAGACAAAGGGUGCCGGCCUCAACGGGACCAGGCAGACGGGGAAGGGAAGAAGCUAUACCCUGUCUUGCCUGAAGUACCUGAGGACCCGCUGUUGGCCCCUUCCGCUCCUCCCCCAUAUCGCCAACCCCUGCCCGACUCCGCGAGCGGGGAAAGGGAGAGAGUCCAGAGCCCUCCCCAUACCCGCGGCGGUACUCAGUAUGGGGGUGAAAGUUUGGCGCCAAGACAGGAUGGCGCCGCCAUUUUGCUGGAAACGGUCGCGCCAAAACCAGGUGGCGCCGCCAUUUUGCCUCUCAGGGAGGUGCCGCCGGCUCCAGACGCCCCAUUACAUGCACCACCGCGGCUAAUAUAUGUCCCUUUCUCAACCAGUGAUCUAUACAAUUGGAAACUGCAAAAUCCCCCGUUUUCUGAAAAGCCCCAGGGAUUAAUUUCCCUGUUAGAGACCAUAUUUAGAACCCACCAGCCGACAUGGGAUGAUUGCCAGCAAAUUUUACAAACUUUGUUCACUUCAGAAGAAAGUGAUAGUUAAAUCUAAAUGAGCAGAAAUAUGUACAGAGGAUAUAAAAGUUUUAAACCUAGAGUAAAGGAAACUUCAACUACUUGUUUUCUGGUUUCAUGGGAAAAAGCAAAUUUCCCAUGUGCGGUUCUGUUUCUGAUUAGAAACCUGUAUUGAAGACCUAAGGAAGGUCACUGUAACCGGUUGGGGAGAAUGCUUUUGCCACCUGGGACCCAGGAAGGGUCAUUUGGGGCUGACGAGUGCUUCAGCCUGAGGCAAAGGGCAUGUCUCUGCCAUGAGACCGGAUUGGAAGAGAGCAAGUCUCUGCCAUUGGUUUUGCUUCUGAUCAGAAACCCUGUGUACCUGAAGACCUAGGGAAGGUCACCUGUAGCCGGUUGGGGAGAAUGCCUUUGCCACCCGGGACCCAGGAAGGGUCAAUUGUGGCUGAUGAGUGCUUCAGCCUGAGGCAAAGCAGCAUGUCUCUGCCAAGAGACCGGGCCUGAAGGAGCAUGUCUCUGUGAGGCACCAGUGGAAGCAUUGGUGCGAGAGAAUAUCUCUACCUGUAUUGUUUCAGAACACUGUGUUUCAGAUUUUGCUCUGUAUCUACUCUGAAAAGGAAAUUGAAGAUUCCAGGAAAGGUUGAAACUUCAUACUUUGUAAAAAAAGUGAACAAAAGAAGGUAUAAGAUAUGGAAAUGAAGAAGUUUUUUGAAUGUUGCUGAAGGGCUGUGAGAAGCUGUGAAGAUAGAAGAGAGUGUGUAAAAGGUUGUAGAAGUUUGCAAAAGUUUUGGAAAGGAAUUAUGUAAAGUUAGUAAUGGAAGGUAUAAAGCAUGGAGAUGCAAUCUUAGUGGAUAUCAGAAGGGAAAAAAGAUUUUCCAUUAUGCUUUAUAUUUUUCUCCCUACCUGAUCUCUCCAGAAUUGGCAUUCUAAAGGAGUAAGUGAUGACAAGGUUUCUUUGCAUAAAACCAAUAAGACCAGUCUUUAAUAGUGGUUUUGUUAACCAGGACUUUGACUGGAACAUCACGCCUGAAGGAGGCAUGUAUGUGUUCUGGUCGUUACCAGAAAGCUCAGAGGAACUGGGAUUGACCUGUGAAGCUAGUGAAAGCCCACAAGAAAAGCCUGGUACUUUAGUUGGUUGUGCGGUUCGUGCCAGUAUUUCUAGGGAAGGAACGAAGGUUGCUUUCCUGAAAGAUGGCUAAAAAGGAACCUGUAGGCACAAUGGAGGCUCAAGGACUUGAGCGAAACAACUGGUACAGGCAAAGCCAGAUGGCAGGUGUGUGGCUCUGCGUUUGUGCCCUGAGGGGCGGAGUGAGAAGUCAAUCUGAAGGUUCCCUGUGUCAGUUCCAGCAAAGUAGACUUAGGGAUCAUCAAUGAUCCAGGCUGCUCUUGGUGUGUUUAUGCAAACGAACAGUCAAAAUCAAAAGCGGGACCCAAAGUAGUCCCUGUAAAUAACAGUGAGGGUGAUCUUAGGGAGAAAAAUUAUAAUUCAAGGAAAAUCACAAUGCUCAGUAUUGGACAUCAGAAUGGCGCAGCUAAUUGUCUUGAAAGUUUGUUUUCAUUUGAAAGUUGAAACCAGGUUUGUGAUAUUAGAUGCACAAUUUACAGGUGCAAAGGAUCUUGCAAUGGAAUGUUUUCCCCAAAAGACAGUCUCACAGCGCAGAGACUGGUUUGGGAAUUGUUGUGUGAAUUAACCUGUGUGUUCUCUGUUUUCAUAGAGUGUAUGCCUAUGACCUGCCUAUGCCUGUGAGUGAUUGGUUGCAAUAUAGGCCUCACUUAAGGAGCCCAUCUUCAUCAUCACCCCCCUAAGACUCAACGGUUUGGCUGAACUAUGUAGUUGGGUUGGUGAAGGGCUGGGGCGGUCUGUGGGAUUCACUUGAAACUGAUUUUCCCUUUUCUGUCUUGAUGGCUUGGACAGAAAGGGCUCAGAAAUCUGAAAGGAGGGAAAUCUUAAUGUAUUCCCCUCAGCCUGAGUGAAGUAUAGUGGAGCACAAGAGUUUUUAGAUAGGUGUAGCAUGCCUCGUACACCUUCCACUGAAUAAGCCAUUCUUUACUGGAGUGUCUGCCUUUGUCAAUUAAUGGUUAUGAUUUAAUUGUGCUUCCAAUUUCUUGCCUAAUCUGUCACCUCCAGAAUAUGACCUGACCGGAAUGCCAACAGUUCAGUAAUGCCAGCCUUUGGACACCAAGCCUGCGACGUCCAGGUGACAGCCAACUGACCAGGACCCUGUAAGGUCUUUCCCCUUGCAGGAAGGACUCCCUCUGUGCUGCACUCCCCUCCCCUUUCAGGGCACCCCUGACCCCGGAGUACGUAGGACAGCGUCCAUUUUCAGCUCGAAGCAGUUACAAGAAGAUGAGAUCUGCGUCCCUUUUCCUUUAUAUAAUUAUAAAGUAGGUGGGGGGUGCCUGAGACAAAACCCCUUCCCGAGAACCCGGACCAGGACCAGAUGAAAGACUUCAAACAGUGUACAUUUGAAAGUACCCUUACAUUAGCAGAAUUCCAUGGACGAGGCACCUGUUAUCUGCUAGCGAACUAUACCCUUGCAGCCUCAAACUAUAGUGACUAUUGCCUUAACCAAGAGCAUUUGUCGAGAGACCCUAGGAAUUUGACUAUUACAUUAGCUCCAGAAGGACUAUGGUUUGUCUGCACUCAAGGUAUCUUCAAGUGUCUAGUACCAACUAACCCUGAGCUAUGUGUUAGUGCUUACAUCAUUCCCCAAGUGUACUUAUAUGGGGGAAACCCUGAUUUUCUGAUACAUGCCCCCAUUCGAGCCAAGCGAGUCCCAUUGCUAAUUCCCAUCGUCGCCACUAUCGGUGUCGUAGGGUCGGCUGCUGUAGGAGCAGGGGCAUUGAUCCAUGGGGAAAACAGUCUCAGGGCCUUGUCACAGACUUUCUCCAAAGACGUCUCCUUACUCCAAGAGCAAGUAGAAUAUUUAGAGCGCCAAGUAGACUCCCUAGCAGAAGUAGUACUCCAAAAUCGAAGAGGGUUAGAUCUAGUAUUCCUGCAACAAGGAGGAAUAUGUGCAGCUCUUGGAGAAGAUUGUUGUUUCUAUGCCAACCACUCAGGAAUAAUUAGAGAAAGUGUAAAAGUACUCACUAGACGACUUAAAAGUAGAGAACAAGAGGAUGAGUCGUCCUCCUGGUAUUCUUCCCUAUCUAAGACUUCCCCUUGGCUAACUACGUUGAUAUCGGCUCUAGCCGGACCCUUGAUCCUCCUCCUAUUAGCCCUGACCAUAGGCCCAAUAAUUCUAAACAAGCUCAUAGCCUUUAUUAAAGAUAGAAUAGAAACAGUAAAACUUAUGGUGUUGUCUCAGCCCUAUACAAUCCUCCCUCAAGAGGAGCAUGAGUCAAGGGUUUGACUAAUAAGAAAGAGAAGGAGGGAAUGUAGAGGCCUGCCCAAAUAAGGCUAGGAAAUUUUUAGGCGCCAACACCAGCUGCCCGCCAACAGCAGCCCAAUCAGGAACUUUUGCCUUAGUUUGAUUGAGCCAAUAGCUAACCGCUACAUCUGCUUCUGUAUCCCUUGCUUGCUUGCUUGCCUGCCCCUAUAAAAAACCCAGUAGUCUGUAAGCCAGGCGCGACUUCCACUUUGGCGGCUCUGCGUAGCCGCGAGACUACGGUCUCGUUUGGGAAGUUCGCCCCUGCGCAGGUAAAACUUGGCCAAUAAAUUUACCAUCAAACCGC